GCAAACGACAGAAGAGUUUUUAUAUACAGUCAUCAACGAAUGUAUUCGUAGGUUAAAUUAUACAAAUUGUGUAUCAGUAUUAUAACAGUACAAUGUUGGGAAAAAUUAAAACAAAACAAGAAAAAGGAGAGAUUAUUGCAUAUAGUGAAGCAGCUGUUGUAAACAAUGCUGCUGUAGUAGAAUAUUGUAGGAUAUCAAUGGCAGCCUUAUCAGGUGGUACAGCUGGUUUAUUAGGCUUAACAGGUUUAUAUGGUUUUGGCUUUUAUAUUUUUGCUGUAUUUGGACUAUGGGCAAUGUUAUUAUUAAAAGCAGGAGGUCAGUGGAAAAAAUAUUUUAUAAGCAGACGAAAUCUUUUAACAAGUGGAUUUUUUGGAGGUCUCUUUACAUAUGUGCUAUUUUGGACAUUUUUAUAUGGUAUGGUACAUGUGUACUGAUUAAAAGGAUCUGUAGGUUUAAGGGUUUAUAUUUUUUAACUAAAUAGGUAUGUCGUUAAUUAAUUGAAUAUAUCACAAACAAUUGCCAGUUGCUGAACAGAGUAAUAACAUUGUUGAAAAAGCACUAUGUGAUUUAUUGUAUAUGUAUGUACAUAGGACACUUUCAAAAAUAUAUUUAUUCCAUCGUUC